GAAGACUCGGAGUUUGUUGUUGUGCGAUCGUCAUUGCGGGUGUCUAUCCCACCCGUCUUCGCGGCCAACCCCCGCGCGGGCGUCAAAGAGAUGCUUGACUCGAUGCUCAUGAGAUACGUGCCCGCCCUCGACGGCGUCGUGCUCGCGCACUCCAAUCUCGCGUUUCGCACCCCGACAGCGCGGAUCGUGAAUGACUGCCCGUGCGCGGUGUGCGACGUAGAGUUCGACGCGACAGUGUGGAGCCCGCAGGUCGGCAUGAAGCUGUCUGCCCGGAUAAACCUAUCGUCACCGGACCACAUCGCGCUCCUCGUCCACCGCACAUUCAACGUAUCCAUCCCGCGUCAUCAUAUACCGACGGACAGCUGGGAAUUUGAGUAUGGCCCGGCAGAGAACGACCCGGAAUAUGGUGCGGAGGCGGGUGUGCAGGCUGAGGAGGAAGUAGGAGCGGAAGGAGAAGCAGGCGAGGAGAAAGUGGCGGAGGCCGGGAGAUGGAUACAUUCCACGACGGGCGACCGGCUGGGGGGCAAGGACGGGAUCCUGGAGUUCACCGUUAUCGGGUUAACGGUGGCAAACCAAAUGCUCUCACUGAUCGGGUCCAUACAACCGGACCCGUUCUCACCCGCGCACGUACCGCAGAAUGUGCCCGCGUCAUCGCAGCACAGGCCUUCUCCGUCGACUCCUCCCCCAGUGAAUCCUUGGGACGAAGAGGAGGAGGGAGAG